AUGCGGCGUGUAGUUCUUCCAUCAGCACUACGCCUGCGCAUCUGUACGGGAUGCUGCUGUUUCCAUGGAAACAGCAGUCAAUACGGUUCUGUUCAGUUGCCGCUACAAACAGACCAAGGUGUCGAAUGGGUCGUGUUGUUUGAGACGUGCCUUCUAUCUAAAGACAUCAUGCAGGUGGUGAGAGUGCGUGUUCCUCUAGCUAGACCGCUAGUCAGAUUCACGCUGAAGAGGGCUAUACGUAUGAUGCCGUCAGUUUUAUUACUCAUGUUCGUUUUCUCUUUAAUUUUCGUGACACUGAUGCAAAUAGCAGUGAUCCAUGCCAACAGAAGAGCUCACUACAUUCAUAGACACGAAUUGAACUUAACGUCGCCUUUGACAUCCCAGCCACAAUCUCAUCAACAGACUGAGGUUAGAAAACCACAGAUUCCUGUAGUAGCCCGAGUGACUAAGCCUCUAACAAAGAAGCCGGAAACAUUAAGAGUUGAGGCACUAUUGGAUCGAAAUGCUCCUUCGGUCGAAACUAAUAUUCUAUUAUUACAAAGUCGGGUAAAUACGGCACGCUUGAAACAGGUCUUGAGAUCUGUCAGAACGUUAGGAAACAACGCAACAACGCGUGGAAGUGCAAUAGUGUCAACAAUGUCAAGAAAACCAUUAUGUCCUGCUGUGCCCACAGGUUUAUCAAAUUUUGAGCAUUUAGACAUGAUAUGCCGUUAUGAAAAUACUUCUUCAUUUAGGAAGUGA